AAAGCAAUAUAAAUAGACCGCCAUCCUAUAAUAGCCAUAUGGUACGAUAAUGCUUCGUUGAUUGAUGAUCUAAAUUUCAAAAAACUUUCAAUAGUCUUGAGGUAUGUCUGGCUAUCGCAGGCUCUCGGUCCAAAAGCCCAUUGAAUGACGAGUGCUACACAAUAAUACUGACGUCAUAGUCACGUGCUACAGUCUACUAAAAGGUAGGUGGAUCAUUUACUAAAUUGUCAGACCAUGUCAGAACAAUGCAAAUAAAAUAUCCAAUCUUCCCUUCCCUUCCCUCCCUUUUACCACUUUACUUAACUUCUUUAGUACUUAAGUUAUUAUUUAGUACAGACUGCACUUAGAAAAUACUUUCAAGAAGAUUGAUAAUUACAGCAAUAUAAUAAAACCUCUUCUUAUCAAAUGAGCCUUGGGCUUAAUAUACGAAUUUAUUGAUAACGUUAUGUAACUAAAACGUUAAGUCAACCUUUACAACAAAUUUGAUAAGCGAGAAUUAUUAAACCUGCCAACACCGAGUAAUUCAGUAACAACAAAAUAAAUUAUUAUCGUACGGUAUGGCAACAAAAGAAGAAGAACUUUUGACAAAACCAAAAGCAAAAUCUAAAAAGAAAACAUUAAAGGAAAAAAUAUUGCAGAUAAAAAAUAAUAUAACAGUAGAACCUGUUUUGGUGACCUACUACAUACCAGGAAACUUACUGAAAUUAGCAACACAAAAUUUGAAUCUUGAUAAAGCCUGUCGAGUGAACUUAAAAUAUAGCGAUGAAAUAUGUGAUGCGCUUAUUGCAAAACAAGGCACAAAAUACCAACACGAAGAAUUGGUUGUUCAAGAACUCAUUGCUUCGAUGGAAAUGUGGAAAAGUUUUGUUCUAUCUGCCAUGCCAUGUUUAUUGAUAUUGUUUGUAGGAGCUUGGAGUGACAGAACUGGACGUAGAAAGAUAUGUAUCCUAUUACCAAUAUUUGGAGAAUUGUUCUCUUGUUUGUGCAACAUACUCAAUGCAUACUAUUUCUACGAGUUACCAGUUCAAGUUGCGAUGUUCUCUGACGCAUUCUUUCCAGCAAUGACUGGAGGAUGGACCACGAUGUUUAUGGGAGCUUUUAGUUACAUUAGUGAAAUAUCUAGUGAAGAAACAAGAACAUUUAGAGUAGGCAUUGGAAAUCUGUGCAUAACGGCCGGAGCUCCAAUCGGAACGGCUCUUAGCGGCAUACUUUUGGACAAAACUGGUUACUAUGGCGUGUUUACAAUAUGUGCGCUAUUAUUUAGCUGUAGCCUAUUAUAUGGUUACUUUAAUAUUAAAGAUCCAGAACGAACUAAAAUUGCCAAAAAUAAGGAUGGAGAUAGUAUUUUUGGAUUAAUUAAAUCAUUCUUUGAUAUCAAACACGUCAAAGAUACUUUAACUGUUACGUUUAAAAAAGGACCUAACAAUCGCAGGAUAAAGUCCAUUUUAGUUCUGUCUUGUGUUUCUUUUAUACACAUGCCGCUAGUUGGAGAGUUCACGGUGCGGUAUCUCUUCACCCGUUACCGGUUUAACUGGGAUGCUCUCAAAUACAGCUUCUACAAUACUUUCUACAUCUGCAUACACGCGCUUGGCGCUUUGAUCUCAAUCAGCAUAUUUAGCCGGAAAUGGAAGUGGGGAGACGCGACCCUCGGCCUCAUAUCUAGCUGCAGCAAAAUUGUCGGCGGCUUAGCAGCAGGUCUCUCUAGAAACUCCACGGACAUGUAUAUCGCUGUUCUCAUAGAAACAUUUAAUGCAACUUCGUUCACGGCUCUAAGAUCCAUAUCAUCUAAACUAGCAUCUACCGAUGAACUAGGAAAAAUCACUUCAGUAUUCAAUUUAACAGAAGUGUUAACGUCGAUGAUAUUUGGGCCGAUUUAUUCCUGGAUAUACAUGGUGUCGCUAAAAAUUGAUUCUGGCAUCAUUUACUACUGCAGCACUGUACUCACCGUACCACCGAUUCUAAUAUUUAUAUGGUUUUAUAAGCAAAAUAAAAAGGAAAUGGCUGAAACUAAAAAAGAAAACCUAAAAAUAAAAUUAAAUAAAAGUGAAGAUACGAAACCCAAAGAAGAAUAUUUGGCGACUAGUCUUGAUUUGAACGAUGGCCUGUAUUUUGUUGAAUAAAGAUUUGAAUAAAAUGUUGUAAUCAUCGAUA